UCAAUUCGUCGAACCGCAACCAACCACCACGUUGCGCGAUCGCGGGACUUUGUCGAUUCCUCCGAACUGCUGCACGACGCCAUGCGGUAGCCAUUCCGCAUCCUGCAGACACAAUGGCAGAGUCCUACCCAACACUGACGCAAUGCGCGCUGGUGGCCGCCGCGUUCAAGGUCCUCCUCUUCCCGGCCUACAAAUCGACCGAUUUUGAAGUCCAUCGCAACUGGCUGGCCAUCACCAACAGCCUCCCCUUGUCCCAGUGGUACCACGACAAGACGUCAGAAUGGACGCUCGACUAUCCGCCCUUCUUCGCCUACUUCGAGUGGCUGCUCGCCCACGUCGCUCGCCUCGUUGACCCGGCCAUGGUGCGCGUGUACAAUCUGGGCUACGAUAGCUGGGAGACGGUCUACUUCCAGAGGUUCUCCGUCAUCAUCACCGAGCUGCUCCUCGUCUACGCUCUGCAGAUGUUUGUCGAUUCGUCGCCCCUGCAGUCCAAGAGGGCCGCCCAAGUCGCCGCGCUGUCCGUGUUCCUGUCGCCCGGGUUGCUCAUAAUCGACCACAUCCACUUUCAAUACAACGGCUUCAUGUACGGCAUUCUUGUGGCGUCGCUGGUCCUGGCCCGCUACAAGUCCACGCUUCUGCAGAGCGGCCUCGUCUUUGGCGCGCUGCUGUGCUUCAAGCACAUCUACCUCUAUCUGGCGCCGGCCUACUUUGUCUUCCUUCUGAGGGCGUACUGCCUGUCGGCGAGAUCGGUUUUCCGCAUCAAGCUUCUCAACUGCGUCAAGCUCGGACUCGGGCUUGGCGGUAUCUUUGCCGCUGCCUUUGCGCCCUUUGCCUUGAUGGGGCAGAUCCCCCAGCUGCUCAGCCGGCUAUUUCCCUUCUCCCGCGGGCUGUGUCAUGCCUACUGGGCUCCAAACGUCUGGGCGCUCUAUUCGCUGGCGGAUCGCGUCUUGAUACAUUUUGCACCAAAGCUAGGUCUGCCCCUCAAGACCGAGGCCCUCAACAGCGUCACUCGUGGCUUGGUUGGCGAUACGGCCUUUGCGGUGCUGCCGGAGGUUACACCCCGUGUAUGCUUCGCCUUGACGCUACUCUUCCAAAUCCUCCCCCUUAUCAAGCUUUUUCGGCGCCCGACUUGGGAUAACUUCAUAGGCGCCGUGACGCUGUGCGGGUAUGCAUCGUUCCUCUUUGGCUGGCACGUCCACGAAAAGGCCAUUCUGCUUGUCAUCAUCCCCUUCAGCCUCAUCGCCUUACGGGAUCGCCGGCAUCUUGGCGCAUUCCGACCCCUCAUCGUCGCGGGCUAUAUAUCACUAUUCCCGCUGCUUUUCACCCCCGCCGAGUUCCCCAUCAAGACGAUCUAUACCGUCUUCUGGCUGGUGCUGUUCCUCAUAUCGCUUGAUCGCAUGGCGCCGGCGUCCAACCAGCCACGUGUCUUCCUCUUGGAUCGGUUCAGCACGCUCUACAUUGCAGUGAGCAUUCCCCUCAUUGCAUACACGUCCCUGUUCCACCAAGUGAUAUUUGGGAAGCGGCUCGAGUUUCUGCCGUUAAUGUUUACAAGCUCUUACACCGCGAUCGGCGUGGUCGGAAGCUGGGUGGGAUAUAUGGUUGUGUAUUAUACGUGCUAG